GAAGAUCUGCAAGUCCUGCAAAUGCAGCCAGGAGGAUCACAGCCUGAGCUCGGAUGUGGAGGACGAUCGGAAAAUCGGGCGGCUGCUGUCGGACUCCAAGUACGCCACGCUCACCGCCCGCGUGAAGGGAGGUGACGGCGUCCGCAUUUACAAGCGGAACCGCAUGAUCAUCACCAACCCCAUCGUCUCGCGGAAAGACCCCACCUUUGACACCAUCACGUACGAGUGGGCUCCCCCGGGGCUCACCCAGAAGCUGGCCAUGCAGUACAUGGAGCUGAUCCCCAAGGAGACGCAGCCGGUGGCGGGGACGGACGGCGCCUACUAUCGCCGCAUCGCUGCUGGCAAACCCCCCGAGGCCACUAACGGGGCCCUGGAGCGCGCGCCCGCCGCAGGGCUCUAUCGCUGCGAGACCUGCAAGCAGGCAGUGCCGGCGGACUGCCCGGUGGUGUACGCCGACCGCGCCGGCUAC